GACUAUUUGUUUACAAGCAAGAAGCAUGGUAUCAUCUUAAAGCUGAAGCUGUGCGCUUUUCAAUGAUACCUUGGGUUGCAUUCCAGGGUCACGCAUCAUGGAGCACCAUUGUCUGGAUUUUAUUCACGAUCAUGAGUAAAACACUUAACAGCAGAGAUCAUUCUCACAAUGUUCUCACAUUGUCCAAGGCCCUCCCUCCGCUGUCGUACGGCAGCGAUGUUUUCCAGAGGUCUCGCUGUCCUUGGCCUUCCUGAACGUCCUUUGUUGCGGUUGAGGCUGGUUCCGUAUGCUUCAUACUUUCUCACAUUGGCCCAGAUUGUUUCCUUUGCUGGUGGUUCUCGGUCUGGGAGGAAUGCUUCUCCAAAGGCACCCUGUGUAGCCUGCAAACUUCUGGUUUCAUGCCAUUUCUUGACCACAAAGAUUCUCUGUUCUGCCGUUUGCUGAACCAUCGGGAAAACCUGAGGUUUACACACUGUCUGAAGGCCAGAAUGACAUGGGUUCAAAAGUGAACCAACUACAUUUUUGCACCACAACUUCAAGACAGUCGUGCUCCACAAGAUGCGUGACCCUGGAAUGGAACCUAAGGUAUCAUUGAAAAGCACACAGCUUCAGCUUUAAGAUGAUAUCACGCUUUUUGCUGGUCGCACGCUGCCCAACCCCGUGCCCUGCAAAGUCUGCGGAGACAAGAGUUACGGGAAGCACUACGGUGUCUACUGCUGCGACGGGUGCAGCUGCUUCUUCAAGCGGAGCAUACGGCGAAACAUGCGGUACACUUGCAUCGGUAAGGGCAACUGUCUCGUGGACAAGGCGCGGCGGAACUGGUGCCCGUACUGCCGACUCAAGAAAUGCUUCGGCGUCAACAUGAACAAAAAUGCAGUGCAAGAAGAACGAGGACCUAGAAAGAAGAAGCCACAACCCAAGCCGGACGCAGCGGGCUCCAGCGGUGACCUGUGCUGUCGGGGCACGGGCGGCGGUUCCCAUUCCCGGGCCCUGGCUGCCCACGCCGCGGCCGCUAAGUCCAACCACCCCAAGCCCUCCUUCCGCCCCUUCCAGCCCUGGACCAGCAAGACACCGGGUUGGAGGGAGCACCACGCCGCUGUGGCGGCCCAUGCCGCCCAGGCCGCCGGCGGGCCUGGCAGCGCGUUCCGCGUGGUGGCGGUCCGGAGUGGGCUGUUUCCGGGCGGGGUACCGCCCCACCUGUCCCCAACCCUACCGUUCGACGGAGCUGCGGAGCGGGGCAUGCUGGUUCCGACCCUACCCUCCCAGUUUGCCGGGUUGAGGAUGGAAGACAGAGCAGCUCUGCUGGCGAAGCGGCUCGGAGACCGUCCCCCGUUUCCCUGGGCCACCCGCCCGUCAGGAGCCGGCCCCAUCCUGGCCAUCCCGGCCGCGCCGUCCCCCUGCACGGCGUCCAUCGAGGAGAUCGCCACACACGUCCUGGUCCACGCCGUGCGGACGUCCCGCUCUGUCCAGCCGUUCCAGGCCCUGGAUAGCUGGGACCAGGCCGCGGUCUUGCAGGAGUGCUGGAACGAGUUGUUCCUGCUUCACGCCGCCUACUGGCCCGGGCUGGAUUUCUGCGCCCUGCUCAGCCACUCCAACCUGCGGUCGGAGAGCGCCGGAGCCGGGUCAUCUAGCUCGUCAAGUGACUCCUCGGUAACAAUACGGCAGCGAAAUGAAAUCAUCGACGAUAUCCAAGAGAUCACAGUCCGUCUACGAACGUUGAAUCUCAGCUCCUACGAGUUUGCAUCGCUUGAGGCUAUCGUCCUCUUCAAACCAGAUACCACCAAGACACUCAGGGAAAAGAGCAAAGUAGAGUUCUUCCGCGACCAGGCGCAGGUGGUUCUCGCGCAGUACGAGAACGUGGUCCACCCCGAGAGCCCCGCGAGAUUUGGCAAGCUCCUGCUGACCAUGCCGUCCCUCAAGCGCGUCACGGGCGAGGACCUGGAGGAACUGUUCUUCCGUAGGACUCUGGGUCAGGUCCAGAUCGACAAGAUCUUGGACCGAGUUUAGCGUCGAUUUCGUAGGUCAGAUUCCUCGAAGCCUCGAUCGGAGUUCACACGAUGUACCUGCUGCACGUGGUAGGCACCAGACUCAUUUCCACAAGAGCAUCGUUUUGAAGACUACAAUGCUUUAGCUACGUGUUUCCCACCACUAUCACAGUUUGCAUCAUAACGUCGGAUCCCCUGAAGCCUUGAGCGAAAUUCGCACGAUUUUAAAUCGCUGUAUGUUCGGCACCAGACUUAGUGCAUCGAGAGCCUCGUUUUAAAGACUACGACACUAUGUUGGGUUCAUGGACGGCACAGCAUUUAUCACUGUUUGUUUCUUGCACCGCCGGCCGCGGGAGCCAGACUAGGCAGACUAGGCCUACGUCUUUUCCCGUGUUGCCCAGUUUAAACUUAGGGCAAGUUAGGGCGAGUUCGCGCAAGAACUAUUGUUGACCAAUGGUUAACCAUAGUUCGGCUAAAGUUAGCCCGAACUCUGUCUAG